CUGCUUUUACAGUUAGGUGCUUAUGACCGCUAGCUAUUCCCAGGGUUAUGAAACCCACUCAGCGUAACUCAUGGACAAAAGCAGAAGGAGAGAAGCAGUAAUAAACAUUCAGCAGGGUGGCAUACGACAAACAUGGAAAUGACACGGAUUUUAGCUUAUCUGUGUUUGCUUGGAUGUCUUCUCCAUAAGGACACCACAGCUUCAGAGUUCGAGUUGGAUGGGGAUUAUUUGAUUGGCGGCCUUUUUGACAUCCAUCAUGUCAGUGAAAGGCUACAUCGUGAGAAACCAGAAAGCAUUACUUGCUCAAGUCAACCUUUUAUCCUGUCAAGUUACCGGAGGUUCCAGCUGAUGAGAUUCGCCAUAGAGGAGAUCAAUAACUCUACCAGACUGCUGCCAAAUGUUCAGCUUGGUUAUAAGAUACUAGACCUCUGCUCAGACACACAGAACUUCCCGGGUGUUUUUAAGCUCAUCACUGAUAGAGGUUUCAUCCAGCCCUGGAACUCCUCAUACAGGAUUGGGUCCAAAAUGAUUGCAGUGGUUGGUUCUUAUACAAGCUCAGGGACACUAAGUGUUGCUCCACUUUUCAUGAUGGACUUCUUUCCAAUGGUCAGUUAUGGAGCUGCCAGUUCUGUCUUUUCAAGAAAACAGAAUUUUCCCUCAUUCCUGCGAACAGUCCACCCUAAUAAGGAUGUAAUAGAGGUAGUGUUAAGUAUAUUGCUAGAGUUCAACUGGCUCUGGGUUUCAUUCCUUUACAUUGAUGAUAACUAUGGCAGAGAUGGCCGGGAUCUAUUCAUAAGGACUAUCGAGGGCACUGAAAUCUGUCUGGCCUACACAAAAGGCCUUGAUCAGAAUACAAACUACUCUACGAUUUUCCAACAUAUUAAUUCGCUAAAGGUAAAUGUCGCAAUUGUUUUCGCACCGGAAUGGACUGCUGAAGCUCUCAUUAAGGCUGCCAUAAAACACAACGUCAGAAACAAAGUGUGGAUAGCAGGAGAUGCUUGGUCCUUACACAAAGAGCUUCCGAAAGAAAAGGGAAUUGAAAAUAUUGGAACAGUAAUCGGCAUAGCAGAGCCAAAAAUGGAAAUAACUGGUUUCAAUGAUUUCAUCUUUUCCUUCAAAGACCAGUAUCAGAAAGGAAAUAUAAUGCAAGAAGCAUUUUGUGGUCAGACCUGCGACUGCAGCAAUCAUACUGCCGAAGAUAUCAUUAACGCAGACCCAUCCUUUAAUUUUCCUGUUUACUCUGCUGUGUAUUCUGUUGCCCAUGCCUUACACUCAGUCCUUCAAUGUGAAACCGGCAGCUGUAAUAGAAGUAUUGCAGCACGUCCCAGCAUGGUAAGUAUAGGAUAACUACAUAAUCUAUCCAACGUUUCCGCAGUUUAGAACAUGUCAGUUUCCAUUUUAACAAUUUAUAUUUUUGGUACAUUGAAUAGAUCUAUAUAAAGAUCUAUAUCUACAAAUAUUAAAUAAGUUGAAACAUAAAUUAAGUUUAUUCAGAGAUCUGUGAUUUACUGCUAAUAUGCCCAGAGAAAGAAGAAAAAGCUCUACAUAUUUCUGCUGGUCUAAGUUUCUGCAACGAUUACAUCUUUAAGAUUAUUAAGAAUUUUGAUAUAAGAGAAAGAUAAUUUGACAGAGUAUGAAAAGCAGCUUUUCAAAUGUGUGCGAUGAUAAAACAGCCUAUCUGGUAAAUCAUAACUAAUUUACCAAAUGUUUCGGGUGUAGUACUAUUUCACCAGUCAUGUCAGGACCAGUUACUGCCUGACCAUUUGGAUAAACAAGUCACUAAACUAGAACUCGAAAAGACGGCUGACAUCUAUAUGGAUGGAAAGAUUCACUCAUUUUUCAGAUUAAAAAUACAAUUUGAAAAUAACAAAAUAUUUUAAGCAGAUAAAAAACACAGAGCCCAUAUUUGUAUAUUAAACAGUUUUUUUUAGUAGUGUUUUGAUGAUUUCAAAACUGU